UUUUUAAAAUUUUUAUAAAUCACAUAAAUCAAAACCAUUAAUUUAUUUUAUUUAAAAAAAGUUUCUUUUUAUAAAAGUUUUUUUAUUUUUUUCCCAUUCUUUUUACUUUAAAAAUAAUUAAUAAUGAGUGUUGACGCGAUAUCAGAAGAUGCUGGAAUAAUUUCAAGGCUACAACUUGCUAAAGCUUUGAAAGAGGAUCCCGAAAAUAUUUAUGCAGAAUCUCCUGAAAAUAGUGCUAUUUUUCUCAGACAACGUAACCGAAAUACAAGAUUUGGUACUCAAACACCUCCAAGAGGUGCUUUUCGUUUACCACGUCCAACUUGUUUAUUAGUUCCUCCAGUUUUAGGUAAUGUUGAAGAAUAUAAUUCUCAACAUAAUACCUCACAAAUAUUACCUUCUCAACUAUAUCAACAAGCUCAACAAACUCAACAGACUCAACAGACUCAACAGACUCAACAACAAGCUCAACAAGAAGUUAGACGUCCAAGUAUUCCUCAAAUUUCUACUUCAAGUCCAAGGAAUAGUAUUAUAAUCCCUGAAGAUAGAGAAAGACGUGGUAGUGGUAGUAAACCUGCUACUUUAUUGGAU